UAGAUGAAUAUCUGGAGUGAGCGGGGUUGGCUCCAAUCCAAGCCAUUACCUUUACUGCCUCCACCGGUGGAGUCUUUGCCAGUAGCCUACAUACAUUUCAGUGAGGAGUAUAGUUCUUUCAUGUCUCCCGGUUGCAUAGAGAGAGAGGAGAGAAAUCCGAAAUACGAGGGAUGUCAAACCGAACAGAUCUGAAGGGUGUGAAAAGCCAACGACUUCCUCCACGAGAACUUGCCAAUGGAAUAAUCUGAUUUGUAAACAUAUUGUACCGUUUUUGCGUUGCACUUUUUUCCCCACCUAAACAGUAAGGAAUGUGGGCUUUUCUGAGUGGAAAAUUAUUUAGUGUUCUUUCAGCACCAGUGAUUGUAGCUGUCGUUUGUUGCGCACAAAGCGUGAAUGAACCAGGGAACAUGUCUUUUGUGAAAGAGACGGUGGACAAACUACUAAAGGGAUAUGAUAUUCGUCUUCGACCAGACUUUGGAGGGGCCCCUGUUGCAGUUGGCAUGAGUAUAGAUGUGGCGAGCAUAGACAUGGUAUCCGAAGUCAACAUGGACUACACUUUAACCAUGUACUUCCAGCAGUACUGGAGGGACAAGAGGCUGGCGUACUUAGGGAUCCCACUGAACCUCACCCUGGAUAACCGGGUAGCAGAUUCACUCUGGGUCCCUGACACCUACUUCCUGAAUGACAAGAAGUCCUUCGUCCACGGUGUGACGGUCAAGAACCGCAUGAUCCGCCUCCACCCGGAUGGAACAGUGCUCUACGGCCUGAGGAUCACAACGACGGCAGCCUGUAUGAUGGACCUGAGGAGGUACCCUCUGGACGAGCAGAACUGCACUCUGGAGAUCGAGAGCUAUGGAUACACGACAGAUGACAUUGAGUUCUACUGGAAGGGAGGAGACAAUGCGGUGACGGGGGUGACACGCAUUGAGCUGCCACAGUUCUCCAUAGUGGACUACAAGCUGGUGUCCAGAAAUGUUGUCUUUUCCACAGGUGCCUACCCACGACUGUCUUUGAGCUUCAAGCUAAAGAGGAACAUCGGCUACUUUAUCCUGCAGACCUACAUGCCAUCCAUCCUGAUCACCAUCUUGUCCUGGGUCUCCUUCUGGAUCAAUUACGAUGCCUCGGCUGCAAGAGUGGCAUUAGGGAUCACCACUGUGCUCACCAUGACCACCAUCAACACCCAUCUGAGAGAGACGCUCCCCAAGAUCCCCUACGUCAAGGCCAUCGACAUGUACCUGAUGGGCUGCUUCGUCAUGGUCUUCCUGGCCCUGCUGGAGUACGCCUUCGUCAACUACAUCUUCUUCGGCCGAGGACCACAAAUGCAGAAGAAGCUGGCAGAGAAAGCCGAGAGGGCCAACAAUGAGAGGGCGGCCAAAUAUGACACCAAUCGGGUAAGUCUUCAUGAAGAUCUCUGUCGAGAUGCUCUAACUUCUUCAAAGUUCUUCCAAGUUGUCGGGCGUUAUCUUUGCGGUCCGCACACUCUUAUGACGGCAGAUCAGAAACUCUAUAAAUAUGGUGACCAUCAUGUUGUCGUAGCUCCAGAUAAUACAUCAAUGUUCUACUUCCGUCUCCAGGCGGAGUCCCACGGUAAUAUCCUGCUGACCACCCUGGAGAUCCAUAACGAGGUGGCAGGAAAUGAGGUCACCACCAGCCUGGCGGACAGCAGGAACUCCUCCGUCAUGGGAUUUGACAACACCAGCACAGGUACCGGCGUCCAGUGCAGGAAGGCGAGCCGGUCCUCGGGUCCUCGCCACAGCCUCGACAGGCACGCCCAGCUCAAGAGGCACAAAUUGCGGCGGCGCUCGUCGCAGCUCAAAAUCAAAAUCCCUGACCUGACGGACGUAAACGCCAUCGACAGGUGGUCGCGGAUUAUCUUCCCCUCCGUUUUCUCCCUCUUUAAUCUAAUCUACUGGAUGUAUUAUGUCAACUGAUUGACUGAUUUUAGGGUUAGGUGGUGUUAAGAGUAUUUUAAUUUUUUUUCCCUUCGUCAUUGUUUUGUCUUUUUUACGCGACAGGAAAUGUUUUGCUAUCGAGAAACAAAGGACUGCCUCUAUAUGGCACAGACAAAAUUAUUUGACUUCUUUGUUAAAGUUUUUAUAUUUGCAGUCAUACUCAAAUUAUGGAUUGCGGUGGAUUGCUAAUUCUUAAAAUGGUGUACAGAACUAUGUGCAUAAAUACCCAUACCGUAGGACUGGUACUGUAUAUUUCCCAGUAGUCUUGCCCCUCUGUAGUUUGAUAAUGGAGAUCUUUAUACCCAAUUCAAUAUUUGCAAGAAAGAAAAGGUCAUUCUUACAUUGUUUUUUUUGUUUUUUUAACAAACCCAAAUAAAAUAAAAAUGUUAUGUAAUGUAUUACACUUGAAAAUUAUAUUAUCUGACCAAGACAAAAAAUAUAUAUACA